AUGACUUCCUUCUCUCAUUUACUUGGAUCAUCAACCAAAAUUCCUAUGUUAAUCCCUGAAUAUUAUGAUCAAUGGGCGGAUAGAAUGGAGGAUUACCUGAAUGGAAUAGAUGAAGAACUUUGGAACUGUAUUGAUGGAACAGUUCAAGCUCCUGCUAAUGUUCAACCAAUCGGAGCAUCUAAUACAACUGCUGAAGUACUUGAAAGACAAAACCGUAUGAAGAAGAAUGAAAAACGAUGCAUGAGGGAACUAAGAGGUGCUUUACCUCCUGUUGUUUACAAUUACAUCCGUAGUUGUAAAACAGCAAAGGAAAUUUGGAUCACUUUGAAGGAGAAAUAUCAAGGAAGCGAAAAAACGAAGAUCAAUUCAGUGAAACAAUGUCUUGUUGAACUGAAAGAAUUCAGACAAAAGGAGACUGAAUCUCUUGAAGCUUACUAUGAUUGUCUGAAUGAACUGGUCUAUCGUUGCAACAGUCUGAACCAUCUAUACAAUCAACUGAAAACUCAUGAGUGUGAAGUUUUAGAAAUGUAUGAAGAUUCAAAACAAAGUAUUGGAGGUCCUUUGGCUCUAGUUUCAAAAGUAUCUGAAGUUGAUGUGAAUGAAAAAGAUGAUUCAGAUAAUGAAGGAUUUUUUAUGAACUCGGAUGAUGAAGCUGUGGCUACGGAUGCGAAGAGUGGAGUCACAAAAACUGGAGGAGAGGUGAGGAAGAAAAUGGAGAAAGCUGAGGAAAAACAAAAAGAUGCGAAAGAAGUGAAGAAACUGAAAGGUGACUUGGGAAUUUACUGUCACUACUGCAAUGAGUUACGUGCUAAGACAAAAGGAGUGUCUCUGGUUGUGAAGGGUGAAAUUGAUGAUGAAGAGAGUGGAACGUAA